AUGCAGAUGACGAUCAGGUUGAUAAAUGUUCAUGAUUUCUUGUUUUUUUAUGUUUCCGUGCUUUCGUUAUUUCUUUCUUUAUCACCUUUUCCUGUUUAUCUUUUUUAUUCCUUUUUCUUUCUUUCCUUUCCUUAUACGUUUUCUUUCUUUCUUUCUUUCUUUCUUUCUUUCGUUUUAUCUUCCUCUCUUCUUUUUUGGUACCUUUUUCUUUCUUUCUUCCAUUUUUAUUCCUUUUUUCUUUCAUUCAUUCUUUUUUCGGUCUUUCCUUUUUCUUUCUUUCUUUCUUUCUUUCUUUCCUUCUUUCUUUCUUUCAGUGUUUUACUUAAUCCAUGCCUCUUUCUUUCUUUUCUUUUAUUUUUUCUUCGAUUUUUCUUCCACUCUUUCUUUAUACCUUUUUCGUUACUUCCUUCCUUUCUUCAUUUCUUUCUUUAUACCUUUUUCUUUCUUUUUUCUUCGAUUUUUUUCUCCCCAUCUUUCUUUACUUUUUCUUUCUUUCCUUCUUCUUUCUUAAUGGCUUCUUCUUUCUCUCUUUUUCUUUCUAUUCUUCUUUCUUCUUUCUUUAUUGAUUUUCUUUCGUCGUUCGUUAUAUCUUCUUUCUUUCUUUCUUUCUUUCUUUCUUUCUUUCUUUCUUUAUCCCGUUUUAUUUUUUCUCUCUUUUUCUUUCUUCCUUUUUUCAACGUACCCACCAUUCUUUCUUUCUUUCUUUCUUUUUUCUUUCUUUUUUCUUAUUCAUAUUUCAAUUUUUUUAGAACGUACCCACCAUUCUUUCUUUCUUUCUUUCUUUCUUUCUUUCUUUCUUUCUUUCUUAUUUCAAUUUUAGAACGUACCCACCAUUCAUUCAUUCUUUCUUUCUUUCUUUCUUUCUUUCUUUCUUUCUUUCUUUUUCAUAAUUUUCAUUUAGAUUUCAAUUUUAGAACGUACCCACCAUUCAUUCUUUCUUUCUUUCUUUCUUUCUUUCUUUCUUUCUUUCUUUUUCUUUCUUUUUUUUUUCUUUUUAGAACGUAUAUAUUUUCUAUCUCAUUUUUUUUUCCAUUACUUUCUUUCUUUCCUUCUUUCUUAUUCACAUAUUUUCAUUUAGCUUUCCUUCUUUUUUUAUAUCGUUCCCACUUACUUUCUUUAUAUACAUAUAAUUUUUUCUUUUUCCUUUUUCCAGGAACUGCCGCUCGUCCGUUCCCCUUUUCUCUUUUUUUCUUCAGAAAUUUUGCUCUUGUCUUUCCUUCUUUUUCCUUUUCCUUUUUCCGUAUUUCUUUUUUACUCUCUAAUAUUUGUAAUGUUUGUUUCUUUCUUUCUAGUCAUCGGCUGAACGCGCCCAACUUCUUCCUUUCUUUCUUUCAUUUUUUCUUUCUUUCACACUUUCUUUCUUUCAUUAAUUCAUUCUUUCUUUCUUUCUUUCAACGUACCCAAUUUCUUUCUUUGUUUUCUUUCUUCCUUUUUUCUUUCAUACUUUCCUUCUUUCUUUCUUCCUUAGUCACAUAUUUUCAUUUAGUUUUCUCUCUUGAGUACGUACGCAAUAUCUUUCUUUCGUUCUUUCUGUUUUCUUUCUUUCCUUUUUUUCUUUAUUAUUCACAUAUUUCCAUUUAUUUUUUUUACUUGCUAGAAAGUGCGCAAUUUUUUUCUUUCUCUUUUCUUUCAUUUUUCUUUCAUACUUUGUUUUUUUUCUUUCUUUAUUUAAUUCUGUUUUUCUUUCUUAUUCCCAUAUUUUCAUUUAGUUUUCACUUUUUACAAUAUACCCACGGUCUUUCUUUUUUUCUCUCUCUCUUUCUUAUUCUCAUAUUUUCAUUAAGAAAAAAAGAAAGUGAACCCGUUCUAAAAAGAACGGGUUCACUUUCUUUCUUUCUUUCUUUUUUUCUUAUUCACAUAUAUCUAUUUAGCUUUCCUUUUUAUAACUUACUUUCUUUCUUUCUUUCUCAUUUAUUUAUAUUUAGCUUUCCUUUUUAUAACGUAACUGCUUGUUUUCUUUGUUCGUUUUUUCUUUCUUAUUCACAUAUUUUAAUUUAUUCAUUUCAUUUCUUUUUUUCGAACGUGGCGACAUUCUUUCAUUCUUUCUUUCAUUCUUUCUUUCUUUCCUUAUUUUUUCUUUCUUUCAUUCUUUCUUUCAUUCUUUCUUUCUUUCAUUAUUUUUUCUUUCUUUCAUUCUUUCUUUCAUUCUUUCUUUCUUUCAUUAUUUUUUCUUUCUUUCAUUCUUUCUUUCAUUCUUUCUUUCUUUCAUUAUUUUUUCUUUCAUUAUUUCUUUCUUAUUCUCAUAAUUUUAUUUCGUUUUUCUUUUUACAAUGUACCUGCUUUCAUUUUUAUUUUUCAACGUGUCCACUUCCUUUCUAUUUUCUUUCAUUCUUUCGUUCUUUCUCUUUCAUUCACAUAAUUCCAUUUUGCUUUCUUUUUUGUAAUGAACCCUUUUAUCUUUACAUUAUUUGUUCUUUCUUUCUCUUCAUAUAUUUUUCUUUUUUCAUUCUUCGAGGAAUUUUCUUGUUUAUCUCUUUCCUUUUUCAUAUAAUUUGCUCUUUUCUUAUUUCUUUUUUAUUUUCUUUUUUCUCUGUAUUUCUUCAUUACUUUAAUAAAAUGUCGUCUGACCUUUCUCACUUCAUUGUAGUGUUCGGCGAUAGGAAAAUGCGUGAUCUCUCUUUAGUGGUCGGCACCGGAAGCUAUCGAUUCCUUCACAAACGCGCCAAACCCAAAGGUGACCAUUCGUUUGUUUGUUUGUUUUUCUUUCUUUCUUUUCUAUCUAUCUAUCUAUCUAUCACAUCCAUUUCUUUCUUUCUAUCUAUCUAUCUAUCUAUCUAUCUAUCUAUCUAUCUAUCUAUCUAUCUAUCUCAGACUUUUACAAUCUAUCUAUCUAUCUAUCUAUCUAUCUAUCUAUCUAUCUAUCUAUCUAUCUAUCUAAUGAAAUACGAUAUCUCUUAA